AUGCACCCGCAGCUGACGGAGAAAAAGCUAGGUUCGCAUCCCCCGCCGGCCGUGUUCUGCAACGCCCAUACACGGCAUAACUCCGUGGCACUGACUCAUCGCGUUCUCAUAGUCUGCUUGGAUUUUAUCCAGGCGCUCGACGCUUGCCACGCCAACGGGUGGUCGCGCUGGACGGGUGCUUGCAAUCAGGCCAAGCAUGACCUGAAUAUGUGCCUUAGGAAGGAGCGCAUCGAUCGCACCACGAAAAACCGUGAAGACGCGAAGUCCCGGCGCGCCAAGACCGAGCAGGCGUGGAAAGAACUGCACGACGACGAAUGA